UUGUUCUUCCUUUUGCUUAACAUCCUUGGGAAUUGGGAUUUCGUAGAGUACUCCUACUUGUUAUCUGCCCAAAAAAACAUGGCUGCGAUCUCACUCGCAUCGCUGCUCAUCUUCCUACCCCAUCAAUGGCAACCCGACGUCUUCUUGUUAGCACUUGUCUCUGCCGUGUCCCUCCUGCUGUUGACGUGGAGCUGGUGGAGCAGCAGCUCGUCGUUCAGCAAGCUGCCACCGGGUCCCGGCACGCUGCCCCUCCUGGGCAACCUGCAUCAGCUCGGCCCACUGCCGCACCGGGCCCUGCGCGACCUGGCGCGGGUCCACGGGCCGGUGAUGCGGCUGCGGCUCGGCAGGUCGGCGGCCGUGGUGCUGUCGUCGGCGGAGGCGGCGUGGGAGGCGCUCAGGGGCCACGACCUCGACUGCUGCACGCGGCCCGUCUCCCCGGGCACGCGGCGGCUCACCUACGACCUCAAGAACGUGGCCUUCGCGCCCUACGGCCCCUACUGGCGCGAGGCGCGCAAGCUCCUCACCGUCGAGCUCCUCAGCGCGCGCCGCGUGAGGGCGGCGUGGCACGCGCGCCACGACCAGGUGGAGAGGCUGGCGAGCACCCUGCGCCGCGCGGAAGGGAAGCCGGUGGCGCUGGACGAGCACGUCCUGAGCCUCUCCGACGGGAUCAUCGGCACGGUGGCGUUCGGCAGCAUCUACGGCAGCGACAGGUUCUCCCAGAACAGGAGCUUCCAGCACGCGCUCGACGACGUCAUGGAGAUGCUCUCCGGCGCGGGCUCCUCCGCCGAGGACCUGCUCCCGAGAGCGAUUGGCCGCAUCGUCGACCGCCUCACGGGCUUCGCCGCCCGCCGCGAGCGGAUCUUCAGGCAGCUCGACGCCUUCUUCGAGACGGUCAUCGAGCAGCACCUGGACCCUAAGCGCGCGCCGCCGCCCGAGAAUGGCGGCGACCUGGUCGACGUCCUCAUCGACCUCUGGAAGAAUCCGCGUGGCGCCUUCACCUUCAGCAAGGACCACGUCAAGGCCAUAAUCUUUUCGACGUUCGUCGCUGGCAUCGACACGAACGUGGCGACGAUACUGUGGGCGAUGUCGGAGCUCGUCCGGAACCCGCGGGUGCUCAAGAAGGCGCAGGCCGAGGUAAGGGCUGCGGUGGGCGGCGGCGGCGCGCAGGUGCAGCCGGACGACAUGCCGAAGCUCAGCUACCUCCGGAUGGUGAUCAAGGAGACCCUGCGGCUGCACCCGCCGACGCCGCUGCUGCUGCCGAGGGAGACCAUGCGGCGCAUCCGGGUCGGCGGGUAUGAUGUGCCAGCCAAGACCAGGAUCUACGUGAACGCAUGGGCGAUCAGCAGGGACCCGGCGAACUGGCCUGACGGCCCGGAGGAGUUCAACCCAGACAGGUUCGAGGCGAACGAGGUGGACAUCAAGGGAGAGCACCCCAUCCUGAUGCCGUUCGGCACGGGGCGGCGGAUAUGCCCGGGCAUGGCCAUGGCCAUGGCCACCGUCGAGUUCACGCUCGCCACCCUGCUCUUCGGCUUCCAGUGGGCGCUCCCGGAGGGGAUGGCGACGGACGACGUGAGCAUGGAGGAGGAAGGAAGGCUCGUCUGCCACCGGAAGACGCCGCUAGUGCUCGUGCCAACCGUGUACCGCCACGGCCUAGGUGAAUAGAUGAAGCGAGUGAUCAUCAGUAUAUUUGAUAUAAUAUUCGAUCGAGUCCCGUUGUUUUUUCACUUGUUUGAAUUUCAAAAGACUGUGUAUCCUAACUAUAGACAAGCCGGGACGUGGCCUUAGCAUGA